AUGCCGGAGACCGCACACCAUAUGAACGGCUACGCGAAUGGCCACGCGCCGCCUGAGCUGCAGCAGGAUACCGCGUUCCUGUUCACAUCGGAGUCUGUUGGCGAGGGACACCCAGAUAAAAUGUGUGAUCAAAUAAGCGACGCCAUUUUGGAUGCACACCUGAAACAAGAUCCUGACGCUAAAGUAGCAUGCGAAACCGUAACAAAAACUGGGAUGAUAUUAUUGUGCGGAGAAAUUACAUCAAAGGCUGUAGUGGAUUAUCAGAAGAUCGUUCGUGAUACAGUAAAACACAUCGGUUACGAUGACUCUUCAAAAGGAUUCGAUUGGCGUACACUGAACCUUUUGGUGGCGAUCGAACAGCAAUCACCGAAUAUCGCGGAUGGUGUCCAUAUGGACAGACAAGAGACGGAUGUGGGUGCAGGUGAUCAGUUGAUUUCUGCAGGUUUUGACUACAAGCUGUGCAAUGUUCUGUUGGCACUCGACGCUCAGUCACCAAAUAUCGCGGCAGGCGUUCAUGAAAACCGUAGCGACGAGGAAGUGGGAGCAGGAGAUCAGGGUCUAAUGUUUGGAUACGCAACUGAUGAAACUGAUGAAUGUAUGCCACUGACGGUCGUGUUAGCGCAUAAAUUGAAUCAGAAAAUCGCCGAGCUAAGACGAAGUGGCGAACUAUGGUGGGCUCGUCCAGAUUCAAAAACACAGGUAACCUGUGAAUAUAUCAUGGACCAUGGAACCUGCGUACCUAUAAGAGUCCAUACUGUUGUCGUGUCACUGCAACAUAGUGAAAAAAUUAGUCUAGAUGAGCUACGUAAGGCGGUCAUGGAGAAAGUCAUCAAAGAAGUGAUUCCAGCGAGAUAUUUGGAUGAAAGAACAGUCUUCCAUGUGAAUCCUUGCGGGCUUUUCAUUAUUGGUGGACCACAGAGUGACGCUGGUCUUACUGGUCGAAAGAUCAUCGUAGAUACGUAUGGCGGUUGGGGAGCACAUGGUGGUGGUGCAUUUUCUGGUAAAGAUUUUACGAAAGUGGAUAGAUCAGCUGCAUAUGCUGCAAGAUGGGUUGCUAAAUCCUUGGUGAAGGCUGGUCUCUGCAGACGUUGUCUUGUACAGGUUUCUUAUGCUAUUGGAGUAGCGGAACCGUUGUCUAUCACAGUUUUCGAUUAUGGCACAUCCACGCGUUCACAAAACGAACUCUUAGACAUAGUGCACAAGAACUUCGAUUUGCGACCCGGAAAAAUCGUUAAAGAGUUGAACCUUCGCAACCCUAUUUAUCAACAAACCAGUACAUAUGGUCAUUUUGGACGAGACGGUUUCACAUGGGAGCAACCAAAAAAGCUGGUCUUUGAUUGA